AUGGUUUUCGAUCGUGUGGCCCGAUUCUACCGGUCAUGUCUACUGCAGAUUAUCAUCGUGGGACUAGUCGCCUUCUGUGAACCCGGAAUUUGGACUGCUCUCAAUAAUCUUGGAGCUGGGGGCAAUGCCAAGCCUUACCUCAACAAUGCCGCCAAUGCCUUAACGUAUGGACUCAUGUCAGUAGGCUGCUUCCUUGCCGGCGGUGUCACCAACAAGAUCACUGCGAAAUGGACCUUGUUCAUCGGAGCCGCGUUCUAUACUCCCUAUGCGGCUGGUCUAUACUGCAACAAUCGGUAUGGCAACGAGUGGUUUCUCUUGCUCGGGGCUGCUCUUUGUGGAAUUGGGGCGUCUCUUCUAUGGGCUAGUGAGGCUGCCAUUGCGGUUGGAUAUCCGGAGGAGGAGAAAAGAGGACGCUACGUUGCAAUCUGGAUGAGUAUCCGGCAGAUGGGACCGCUUGUUGGCGGUGCGAUAUCCCUCGCUCUCAACGUCAACACUGCACAUGUUGGCAAGGUCACCUACACGACAUACUUAGGGCUUGUUGCCAUCUCAUCCCUCGGAGCUCCAUUUGCGUUGCUGUUGUCACAGCCACAAGAUGUCAUUAGAAGUAAUGGCACCAAGAUCCCUUACAUGAAGAAAACGAGCUUCGCUAUCGAGGCUCGCGCUAUCUGGAAGCAACUUUCGAAUAAGUACAUGCUGCUGCUCAUCCCGGUCUUCCUCGCAGGGCAGUUUGGUACAACUUACCAGGGGAACUAUUUGACAACUUAUUUCACCGUCCGCUCCAGGGCCCUCGCGUCUUUCCUAACAGCAGUGGUCGGCGCCACCGCCAAUGUGGUGACGGGCAUAUUUCUAGAUCUGAAGUUUCUAUCUCGAGAAACCAGGUCCAAAGUCGUGUACAUAUUCGUCCUUGUCUUUGUCACGGGGUCUUGGACAUGGAACGCCAUUGUCCAGACGAAACUCUCCCAAAUGGCCGAACCACCUGCCUUCGACUUGGGCGAUGGUCCCUUCUUCAACUCGGCGUUCACGGUCUAUAUAUUCUUCCGCUUCUUCUAUGAGGUGCUGCAGACGUACAUAUAUUGGUUGAUGGCCGAGAUCAAGGGAGCACAGGGAGAUGGCGACAUCGCGAGAACAACUGGAAUCUUGAGAUCGUGGGAGUCCAUCGGCAGCACGAUUGCCUACGCGGUCGGCGCAACUCACUGGCCCAACUUGAACCAGAUGGCACUGGGAUUUUCACUAUGGGGUUUCACCAUCCCGUUCACACUCCUCGCGGUGUUUGGCAAUUGGAAUGUUUCUGAUACGCUUGUGGAGGAGCAAACAGACAGCAGUAGCUUGGAGGCACAGCAGGUGGUCAUCAAUUCUGACGGAAAGGACUAG